AAGGUAUGUAUUGGGUGGGCUUAAUCCAACAGAGUAGAGCUGCCAAAACAGCAACAACCUCAAAUGAAUGAUAAUCUUUUACGAAGACAGGAACUUCCAGGGUCGCUCCUAUGAGUGCAGCAGUGACUGCUCUGACAUGUCUACCUACCUCAGCCGCUGCAACUCCUGCAGAGUGGAGAGCGGCUGCUUUGUGGUCUAUGAUAGUCCUAAUUUCAUGGGAAACCAGUUCUUCAUGAAGAGGGGCGAGUACGCUGAUUACAUGCGCAUGGGAAUAAGUGAUGGCAUCAGGUCUUGCCGCAUGGUUCCUCAAUACAGAGGACCCUAUAGAAUGAGGAUCUAUGAGAGGGAGAACUUUGGAGGUCAGAUGCACGAGCUGACAGAUGACUGUGAUUCCUUCAUUGACCAUUUCUGCAUGUCUGACUGCCAGUCCUGCCAUGUGAUGGAAGGUCACUGGCUCAUGUAUGAGCAACCCCAUUUCAGAGGCAGGAUGAUUUACUUUAGGCCCGGAGAAUUCAGAAGCUUCAGGGAUAUGGGAUACAGCAACGUCAGAUUCACCUCUGUUAGAAGAAUCAUGGACUUGUGUUAAAUUCACAGUCUGAAACACAAAUAAUAAAAUGAGCAUUAACAGAUAAAA